UACGAAUCCACAAUUGCGAUUAUGAAGUGGUUGAUAUCACUGGUCGUGGGCGCUGUCAUCUUCAGCACUUACGCUGAAACGAAACCGAACAGACCCCCGAGUGGUGUAGUGCGCAGUGAAGAUAACGAAGGGUCGAAACGUAGUUUUGUGUUUAGGGAUCAAAUCGACGAUGGAAAACUAGCUGAAGAUUCAUCGUCACUGGAAAGGGAUGAUCAUGUUCAUCAACGAGAAAAACGGAGCUUUGAUAAAAAAGGUGGUUUACUUGGAGGUCUUCUAAGCGGAGGCUCGGGAGGAGGCUUCGGUGGAGGUUUCGGAAGCGGCGGAGGUGGAGGUGGAGGAGGCGGAGGCGGAGGAGGCUGGGGCGGAGGCUUCGGCGGAGGUAAAGGAGGCGGAUUUGGCGGAGGAGGAGGAGGAGGAGGAUUUGGAGGUAGUUCAAGCGGAGGUUGCGUCUACAAUUCGAAUCCGUUUUUAAAUUUCGGUUGUGGUAAUUAUUUAGACAGAGGCUAUUGGGGUAAUUUUGGAGGUGGAGGAGGUUAUGGAGGAGGAAAAGGUGGUGCAGGUGGUUACGGUAGCAGUGGAUCAAGUGGAGGUGGAUCGGGAGCUGGAGGGUAUGGAGGAGGUAGCGGUGGAGGAUCUGGCCACGGUGGGGGAAGUGGCGACGGAGGUUUUGGUGGAGAUGGAUCAGGUAACGGAGGCGGAUUUGGAGGACACGGGGGCUCAGGAGAAUCUGGAGGAUUUGGCGGUGGUAAAGGAGGCGGAGGUGGUUUUGGAGGUGGAGCAGGUAACGGCGGCGGAUUCGGAGGUGGUGAUUUAGGAGGACAUGGAGGUUCAGGAGGAUCUGGAGGUUUUGGCGGUAGUAAAGGGGGAAGUUACGGAAGCGGAAGCGGUAACGGAGGUAGUUUUGGUGGUGGAGAUGGAGGCGGAAGUGGAGGUUACGGAAGUAGUGGACAUGGAGGAGGUGGAGGUAUAGGACAAGGCGGCGGUGGUGGUUUCGGAGGUGGCGGAGGUGCUGGAGGAAGCGGAGGUAAAUCUGGAGGUGGAUAUAGCGGAUCAGGUGGUUUCGGAGGUGGCGGAGGUGCAGGAGGAAGCGGAGGUAAAUCAGGAGGUGGAUAUGGCGGAUCAGGCGGACACGGAGGUGGUGGAGCGGGAGGACAAGGAGGAGGAUACUCCACUGGUUCCGUUGAUAUAUUUGGAGGAGAUCAAGGGGGACAAGGCGCUGGUAACGGAGGUGGUUUCGGUUCCGGGGGAGGAUAUUCGGGGGGUGGUGGUAAAGGAGGAAGCGGAGCUAUUAUAUUCGAUGACGGUGGAUUCGGUAAAGGGGGAGGAGGCGGAGGAGGUUUCGGAGGCGGAAACGGAGGAUACGGAGGAGAAAAAGGAGGAUACGAGGGUGGAGGCGGCGGUUAUAGCGGAGGUGGUUAUGGGGGAGGACACCAAAAAGGGGGAGGAGGAAGUUGCGGGGGAGGUUGUGGAGGAGGAAAAGGAUACGCUAGCGCUAGUGCUAGUGCCACUGCCACUGCUUAUGGAAGGUGAAUCGCAAAACGGCCAUACUAAUUGCUUAAGUUUGAAUAUUUGUUAUAACAAUAAUUUAAUUAAAUAAAUUGUAAAUAUGAA